AUGUCAAAAGAAUUUCUAGCUCUUCAAAAACAUUCUACAUGGUCUCUAACUCCACCACCGAUCAACGUUCCUGUCCUUGGAUGUAAAUGGCUCUUUAAAGUUAAGCUUCCUUCCACUGGUCAAGCACCUACUUACAAAGCUCGUCUUGUAGCUCAAGGAUUUGCCCAAGAAUAUGGUAUAAAUUACAAAGAGACCUUUAGUCCAGUUGCUAAGAUGGCAACUGUUCGCAUACUCAUCACCAUUGUUGUUACCCGUGGAUGGUCGGUUUUACAGUUUGACAUCUCCAAUGCCUUUUUACAUGGAGAUCUACCCGACGUUGUAUAUAUGAAACAACCUCAUGGCUUUGUAGAUGAACAAUUUCCACAUUAUCUCAAGUCUGAAUUUGCAUUGAAAGAACUUGGUCCUGUUUCAACGUUUCUUGGAAUUCAUGUUCAGAAAACUGCACAUGGCCUAUUCCUACUGCAAUCCAAAUAUGCCGAAGAUCUGUUAAACAAAUUUGGCUUUAUGAACUGCCGACCGGUCUCCACUCUUGCGGCACUCAAGCCACCAUCUACUCUCGAAUCAGAACAGCCAUUUUCUGAUCCGUCUUUAUAUCGCAAAUUGGCUGGCUCCCUAAUGUAUCUUACUGUCACGAGACCGGAUAUAGCCUUUGCUACAAAUCAUAUUUGUCAGUUCAUGCAUCAACCAACGAAUCAACACUUCCAUUCCCUUAAACGACUUCUUCGUUAUAUUAAGGGAACAUUACACUUCGGUUUACCGAUUACCAAUGGAGAUCUACAACUUAGAACGUAUGUUGAUGCAGACUAG